ACCAGCAGUGUGCCACUACACAUGCGUAAAGAAGGCUGCAUGGGUCAAGUGACUGCUGCUGAAGGAAGGUGCUGCAAGGAAAGUGUUGGUUUAAGUUUUUUUGGUGUGUUUUUAAAAGUUUUCUUUCCUCCCUGUUGUACCUUCAGAAGCAGCCAAAGCCUGAACAAGCUAUCUGACAUCUUGUAGCUUCCUGCAUUUGAAUGAAUGGGCCCUAGAGCAGGUGAGCGGGUGCUUAGUGCCUGAUUUGUGGCCUGUGAGUCCUCAGAGGGACCUGGGAGCAGUGUGAGAAGGGCAAACGUGGGGAAAUACAGAGCAGAGAGAAGAGGUGGAAGCUGCGCUGAAGCCUUUGGAGGCACAGUUCUUUAGAAACUAUUGGUGUUAACAGAUUGGGAUUAUGUCCACUGUCCCUAGUAUGUACCUGUACGUGUACAUGCUCACUCUUUCAUGUUCUGUAGACCUUACUGCUCCAGCAAGGGAACGAGCAGAUCUGGAGUUACUUUCUUUUGCGAAGAGAGGCAGCGAAAGAAUGUAGUCACUGCACGGAUAUGUUGUAGAGAAGACAGGAAGAAAGAGACAGGGAUUACUUAAGCUGCCGUUUGCCCUGAGAACAAACGAUUGCAAACUGGCUGUGAAGUGCAAGUAAGGUUUCCAAAUCCCCAAGGAGAUGGAUCUGCAAUAGCUUUUGCAAUAAGAGUGCUGGGGAUGCAUCCCCCCCCUCCUUUCUGGUUUUAGACUGGAGUUUGAGCAAUCUAGAGAGGUAUUUGACAUGGCAGCUUGUGAUAGGAGAGGAUGCCAGCAGUGACCUUGCACCUUGGUGUCUUUUUCAGGCCUGGGAUGGAGAGAAGAGUCAUUGGUUCGCACCCAGGCCAUGCUCAGGUUGGAGAUAAUCCUGUUAUGGCUGUUCAGGAGGCUGUGCAGGAUGAUUAUAGCACUUGGUCUGUUUCCCAGUUUGCCGGCAUCGUGUCACAGAAGCAGCUUUGUGUGCAUCCCGGUGCACAUUCUUGUUGGCUGGUGACUUUGGGUUAAACUUGAAUGUAAAUUCUUGGCUUCUCCUGGAGGCUUUUCCUUUUGAUUCUGGCAAGGGGAGGAUGAAGGCACAUUCCCUCUGAUGUGCUCAGAGACCUCUAAUUUGUGCUUUCAAUCUGGCGUCUUUUAUGAAGUGCUCGGAAAGAGGAUGUAUCGUAGUCAACAGAGUAACUCUGUGUUCUGCAGCAGCUUUCUCAGGAGGAGAAAUUAAGUUGCGUUAUUGUUCUUUCCCAGGGUUGCUCUCUGGCACUGACAGAGUCAGUGGAAGCGGAGUCAUUUUGAUUCUGUGCUGCUCACUGCUGCGUGUCUUGGGAAAGCCGAAUGCUCUGGCAGGCCUGUGUGCUGCGUCCUGGAAAGCAGGCUCGAGCCCUUGGGGUGCGCUGGGUAAAGCUGUGUGAGCACGGUGGCUUUAACGAAGAGCAUCCUUCCGUUUUCCCAAAGGAAUGCAUGUGCCUGCCUUGCCACACACAGCGCCUCGCUCGCUUCCAUCAGCGCCAUGAGGGUGAUCUGUCUGCGUGGGGCUGGGACAGCUUCGCAGGAAUGCUGGCAGGCUGCUGCGCGGCCCGAAGCUGUGGGAGCUGCGGGGUAUGGGGAUGGCAAAAAGGGAUGCUCUCUGCAGCUUUCCAGACUCGCUCUAUUCCAGCCACCCUCAAGGUCUUGAGCGAUGCUGGAAGGCCAGUACGUUAGGGAUUUGGUGCGCAGCGGGUACCGUAUUCAUACAGAAUAGGAAGCAUUCCCUGUGCUGAGCAGCUAGCUGUCUCAAAAGCAAGAACAGAUUCAGGCAAAAUGCGAAGCCAGGAAUGUGCCAAGCAGCAGGCUUGGCAGCACCACUCCAUUAUCUUCUGCUGUUGGACCGAGAUGCUUGGCCUGAAGUGCUGACGCUCCUGGUCUGCAGCACCAUGCUGGAUCCCAACCCUCACUCUGCAAGCCGGAGGUGAACCCAAGUGAAAGUCAGCUAUCGCAGUAGCUGUCAGGAUGACCAAAGCACGGCUCCUCCGUCUCUCUGUGGUGCUGGUCUCCAUCUUCAUGAUUCUCCUGAUCAUCGUGUACUGGGACAACGUGGGAACGGCGCACUUCUACCUGCACACGUCCUUUUCCAGGCCUCACUCCCCAGGGGCCAUCCCUGGUAUCACUGCAGGUGGAGAUUGGGAAGCCUUGCCAGAAGUGGAUGAAUUUUUGGCCAAGCUGCUUAGUUCAAACCUGAAACAGAACAGCUCUACCUCCCGAAAGACAGAGCAGCUGCUCGUCCAGGGCUCCAGCAAGCCUGUGGUGAGCAAUUUGGAGGAGAACGUACGGGGCUACGACUGGUCUACACACAAUGCCAGAAACAGCUUGGACCAGGAGAAACUGCAGAUAGAGAGGCAGAGAACAUUGCGGGAGUUCUGUGCCAAUUCCAGCUUCGCCUUCCCCACCAAGGAGCGCUCCUUUGAUGACAUCCCGAACUAUGAGCUCAACCACCUGAUUGUGGACGACCGCCACGGCAUCAUCUACUGUUACGUCCCCAAGGUGGCCUGCACCAACUGGAAACGGGUGAUGAUCGUGCUGAGCGAGAGCCUGCUGGACCAGGGGGUUCCCUACCGAAACCCCCUGGAUAUCCCGCGGGAGCACGUUCACAACACCAGCACCCACUUGACUUUCAACAAAUUCUGGCGUCGCUACGGGAAGUUCUCCCGGCACCUCAUGAAGAUCAAGCUGAAGAAGUACACGAAGUUCCUCUUCGUACGGGACCCUUUUGUCCGCCUCAUCUCUGCCUUCCGCAGCAAAUUUGAGCUGGAGAACGAGGAGUUCUACCGGCGUUUUGCCGUCCCCAUGCUAAAGCUGUACUCCAACCAUACCAACCUUCCCACCUCUGUUAGCGAGGCCUUUGGGGCAGGCCUCAGAGUCUCCUUUUCUGACUUCAUCCAGUACUUACUGGAUCCCAGGACAGAGAAGAUGGCCCCCUUCAACGAGCACUGGAGGCAGGUUUACCGGCUGUGCCACCCGUGCCAGAUAGACUAUGAUUUUAUUGGAAAGCUGGAGACGCUGGAUGAGGAUGCUGCUUAUCUACUGCAGCUCCUCAAAGUGGACAGGCUGCUCCGCUUCCCCCCCAGCUACAGGAACAGGACUGCCAGCAGCUGGGAGGAUGACUGGUUUGCCAAAAUCCCACUGGCCUGGAGGCAGCAGCUCUACAAGCUUUAUGAAGCAGAUUUUGUACUCUUUGGCUACCCCAAGCCAGAAAACUUGCUUAAAGACUAAAAGUGAUUGGGCUGUGGGUGUGGGAGGGAACAUCUGAAAUACCAAAAAUGUUUAAAGCCUCCUCAUUUUUGCUCUUAACUCCCUUCCCCGUACAGGUUGGUACAAUGGAAUAUAUUUUUUCUACUGCUUCCCCUUCCAUUUUUGCAAUAAUGCUGGAGUCCAGGAUAUUCCAGCCAGCUGUGCAUAUGCAAAAAAAAAAAAAAGCCUGUUUUUUAUCAUUGUUUUCUGGGUUUUCUUUUUUUUUUUUUAAUGUCCCCAUGUUUGCAAUGGGUUGCUGCCCAUGAUCACUCUGCCAGCUGUGUCCUUCAGUAGCUUUUUAUUAAUACUUUUUUAAAAUUAAUAUAUUUAAGAUAUUUAAUACGAAGCGUGUGUUGUGGCAAAGGAAAGGAAGGAAUAAAAAAACAAAAAGUCAAAGAAAAAAAAAA